AUGAGAAGCCUUAGGAUUGGGCAGAGCUUGCGACUGCGCAAUCAGGCAGAUUUGCGAGCGUGUUUCCGAAGUCAGUGUCUGUCUUCUCGUGGCAACGUCUCUUCUGCGCCCGUCUUCUGUUCGUCCCAGAAGACACCAGGAACCAGAUUUCGCCCCGCCUCGGUGACAGCCUCACUGAACGCCCUGGAUCUGCUAAAGGACGUGCACCUGGGCCUGGCCCUGCCCUGCCAGGAUCCCGCCCGGCUGGCCCUCCUCUCCGGCCACUACCUUUACUAUCACUAUGGCUGCGACGGACUGGAUGACCGCGGCUGGGGAUGCGGCUACCGCACCCUACAGACGCUGUGCUCCUGGCCAGGGGGCCAGUCGUCAGGCGUGCCUGGGCUGACAGCCGUGCAAGGGGCCCUAGAGGACAUGGGCGACAAGCCCCCGGGGUUCCGCAACUCCCGGAGCUGGAUUGGCUGUGUAGAGGCCAGCCUGUGCCUUGAACACUUCGGAGGACCCCAGGGGCGCCUAUACCACGUGCCUCGCGGAGCUGGGCUUCAGGGAGAGCUGGAGCGGCUUUAUUCACACUUCACAGAGGGCGGGGGCCCAGUAAUGGUGGGAGGGGACGCAGACGCUCAGUCCAAGGCCUUGCUGGGAUUCUGUGAGGGCCCAGGUAUGGAAACCUAUGUCCUGGUACUGGAUCCACACUGCUGGGGCACACCGAAAGACCGCAGUGAACUGCAAGCUGCUGGGUGGGUGGGCUGGCGAAAGGUAAACACUGUCUUUGAUUCCAGUUCCUUCUAUAACCUGUGUUUGACCAGAUGUAUCUGAAGCCA